AUGAGAAAAGACCAUUUCUUUAUUCAGUUCACUUGUUCUUGGUUCAAUUCCUUGAACUCACUUCUCUCAUUAAUUUGUGAGUACGAAAGAAAAAACAUCAUCGGACUUAACUUAUUGUUUUUUCAAUUCGCCGCCCACCAAUCACAAACUGACUCGCUAAUUCACGGAUAUUAUGUGAUUUUCUCUUCCAGCAGUUAGUGAAUCUAGAUAAUGGCAGAUCUCAAAGAGAGGCUACUGCCACCAAAACCUGCAUCGGCUUUUACUUUAAGAGAGGCUGCCAGUCGACCAACUGCCUCUGGAAGGCAUCCUUUUCAAGGGGUGGAUGUUUUGGAGGUCAAGAAGCGGGGCCAAGGUCUUAAAUCAUGGAUUCGUGUUGAUACGUCGGGGAACUCUCAGGUUAUGGAGGUAGAUAAGUUUACUAUGAUGAGGCGAUGUGAUCUUCCUGCCCGUGAUCUUCGUUUGCUGGAUCCUGUGUUUGUUUAUCCGUCAACGAUCCUUGGUAGGGAGAAGGCUAUUGUUGUGAAUCUGGAGCAGAUACGGUGUAUUAUUACAGCAGACGAGGUUCUUCUCUUGAAUUCGCUCGAUAAAUAUGUAUUGCAAUAUGUGAUUGAUCUCCAACGAAAGUUGACGACGACUGGGGCUGGCGAGGCUGGCGACGUAGGCGAGGUCUGGCAAUCAGACAAUUCUGACAUGAACCAAAGGAGAGGCAAUAGGAAUUUUGAAAAUUUAUAUAGCAACACUUCCCCUGAUUAUUUGCCUUUUGAAUUCAGGGCUCUUGAAGUUGCCCUCGAGGCAGCAUGCACAUUUCUUGACACCCAGGCGGCAGAGUUAGAAAUUGAGGCCUAUCCGUUACUGGAUGAACUGACAUCAAAGAUCAGUACUCUUAAUUUGGAACGUGUUCGUCGGUUGAAAAGCAGACUUGUUGCCUUGACUAGGAGAGUUCAGAAGGUUAGAGAUGAAAUAGAGCAGCUUAUGGAUGAUGAUGGUGAUAUGGCUGAAAUGUACCUUACCGAGAAGAAAAGCCGGAUGGAAUUGUCAUUUUAUGGAGAUCAGUCUAUGAUUGGAUAUAGAUCAGCUGAUGGUACAUCCGUCUCUGCUCCAGUUUCUCCUGUUUCAUCACCACCCGAUUCUCGGAGGCUUGAUAAGAGCUUGAGCAUGGCUAGGAGUCGACACGAAAGCAUGAGGAGUACUGAAAGUAAUACAGAAAAUAUAGAAGAGCUUGAAAUGUUGUUAGAAGCAUACUUUGUUGUCAUUGACAGCUCGCUAAACAAGUUGACAUCGCUAAAAGAAUACAUCGAUGACACAGAAGAUUUCAUCAACAUUCAACUGGAUAAUGUGCGGAAUCAACUAAUCCAAUUUGAGCUUUUGCUCACAACUGCAACAUUUGUGGUUGCAAUCUUUGGAGUGGUGGCAGGAGUAUUUGGGAUGAACUUUGAAAUUCCAUUAUUUGAUGUCCCAUCUGCAUUCCAAUGGGUCCUUGUAAUAACAGGAGUCGUCGGAGUUUGUAUAUUUUCUGCAUUCGUAUGGUUCUUCAAAUACAGAAGACUCAUGCCGCUUUAGGAAGCUACACCAACAUAUGAACAUGAUUAAAACCAUGAUGCUUUGUCUAAAUUAUUCGGUUCUCAGAAGAAAGGGACGGGACUCUGGUAAUCUGGAGUUCAAUGUUUUUGCGUUUGUUAUGAAAUCAUAAUAUUCAAAUGCAAAGCCAUUUUCUAUAUUCAAUUUUGUCUCAAUUUUAGGAUAUUUUAAUUUGGCAAUGUUUUGUAUAGUUAUACUAAAUAAUUGAUUGGAAAAAGCAUCUUCUUAGUUCUUAA